AUGAGAAACUUGUUACCUGAAUACUGGAAUUUGUCACAACUACAUGAGACUUUAAUGAUUAUGAUGAUGGGCAUCGAUAUUGCAGAUUACCCUAUAUAUAAUACGUUUGAUAUCAACCAUUUACGUACGUGUCUGCAUGAUAGUCAAGAAGGUAGCAAGCUAGCCAUUCCCGAUGUUUUACCUAUCAUUAUAGCGUUAUGGGACGAAGGCCGGAAAAUUGUAGAAGGGCCUAAGCCUGUAUUCCCACCUAUUCUCAAAAGUCCUUUACGUCAGCGAAGUGGUAGUGUAAUUGUUCGGCCUGUUAAGACUAACAAAGAAGCAACUCCAGCUAGCAAAGCCUUUAUUUCUCGGACUAUGGAUGACUUCAUCCAACUCUUUGAUGAAUUGUACAACUCUCGACCCGUGUUCAAAGAAGCCUGUAAUAAGCAGGAUGUGGUGGAUUGCAUAGUUCACAUUCUGUUUUCUUCCGUGUGUCAUACCAGUAACAUGACGGCAGAAUCUGAAUUAAACUCCAAGGAUGUGGUUCUUAACAAUUUUGAUCUGGAUCAUUUGGCAUCGCCUUCUUCUGCUGUUUCAUCGCCCAUUGAUGGGUCAUCGCCCUACCUCGAUCGUCUUCGUGAUAUGGAUGAUACUGCAUCCAUUGAAAGUGUUAAUACUGGAAGCAGUAUUAUCAAGAGAGGUGGCACAUCGUCAUUGAUGACAAAAACUUCGCCUCAUGUUUCUAAACGUGGCCAAGCCUUUAUGACAAGAUUAAGAUCGGCUUCGUGGAGUCAGGGCAGUAAUUUAGCUCCUCCUAUGACCUUACAAGAUCCUAUGCUGGAGUCGUUACUGAAUUUUGUUGUUAACAUUUGUGUACAAUCUAUCGUAGAUCCGCAUAGUAAGAACUUAAAUGGCCUUAGUUUGGUUUUUUCGGCAUUUCCACCUAGUACACAUGAGCAACAAUUGGUAUUUGAAAGCUACUUGAUGACACAUAUUGCCCAGAAUAUGAAGAGCACAUUUCAAUUGGAUAUGGACUUAAUGCAUGAUCAAAGAAUUUUGAGUAAUUUAUCAAAAUUUGCACAAUUGGCGGCAGACACUGUAAUUCAAGGUCGAUUCAAAGAAGGAGGAGCAGAGCAAACGUAUGAUCUCUUGGCUACACUUUUAGAAAUUUUGCAUACAGAUGAAUUCAACGGGCGUUAUGGAAUCCAUGACAACUCAGUUUCGACAUUGUAUCGUGCAUUUAAUCGCAUGAUCCUAGUCAAAAUUUCUGAUUUAGAGCAUGGAGAGCUUGAUGCGCUUAAGACAGUUGCUUUCUUAGAAUACUGUAUUCAUCACCAAAAGAUUAUUUUGAGUCCCAAAAACAAUGACAUGGAUUUUUUGAGGUGUUUCUGUUAUCAUCUUUACCGCUAUUUACUUUCAAAUGAUGAAAAAAUACGAGAUGCUGCCGCUAAUAUGUGGAAACUAUUGAUUCUUCAAAAGCCAGAUAGUGUAUUUUCGAUAUUUAAUGUUCGCGUCAAAGGAAUUGAAUCUGAGGAGCUUAUUGACGGGUUUAAACAAAUGCUUGAGAUGGAUUUCGAGUCAUUUUAUAGAUGGCUUGAUUCGCGCAAAUUUGAGCUGAACAUAUUAUUUAGUGAACAUAUAUGUAAAGCAUGGGAAAACACCAUUAUGCAAGAGCACAAGUACAGCAGAGAAAUGUUCAAGAACUAUGUGACAAAACGUAUAAACAAACUCAAAAAACUUCAAAAGCGUGAAUACUAUGAGCAAGAAGUCAACUUGGAUUACACCAACAAAACAUUGGCUUGGUCUCAAAGUAUACAAGAAGUGGAAAUGAGUCGAUUCACAAAAGCGUUACAGGAUUCGGAUGGUCAUGAAAAUUUUAUUCAAAGUGAAUGGACACGUAUAUCAGCAGACCUAAUGAGAGAAAGAGCCAUUUGGGGACCUGAAAAAUCAACCGAUCUUAAAUGGAGAUUGGAUUAUACAGAAGGGCCAAACAGAAUGCGUAAACGCUUACAAUAUAUUUCGGAUAAUGAUUAUACGUCGUAUCUUCCUAAGCAAACACACUCUCCUUCGGAAAUCGCUACUAAAUCUACUAUCAGCUCAACUUUAAUUGAUAUUGGCAUGGAGGUUACUGAUAAAUUGGAUGACGAAAACUCGAUAAACAAUGACCUGAAUAAGGAGGAUCAAGAAGAGGAGCAACAGAUUGCAUAUGAGGAAGAUAAAAAUCGAAAGGUGCUCCGGCUAUUAGAUCAAGGCGACAUGGUGCUAGACGUUUACAACAUUAGUCAAAUAGCUGGGUUAGAUGCUAGUGAAGGUCUCUUGUUGCUUUGCAAAAACAAUAUAUACUUGGUGGACAAUUUCUUUCAAUUAAGUGAUGGCGAAGUUGUGGAAAUUUGGGAUGUACCUAAAGAAGAGCGUGAUCAGUACCUACUUCUAGUGGCUAAAGCGGCUGGCAUGGAUACAGAACCCUUUAUCAGUCCUUCUGGUGAUUUACAUUCCUGUAGAAAAUGGGCGACAGCCGACCUUCGGGAUGUAUUCAAACGACGCUUCUUAUUCCGGGAUGUUGCGCUUGAAAUCUUCUUUACAGACGGUCAGAAUGCAUUGAUAACACUUGAUCUCUCCGAACGUGACGAACUGUAUUCUAAGCUUGUAAGUCGUGUAUCAGUUCAAGAAGAUGCUGGGGCAAACAUCUUUGGGGAAAACAAGGAUAGCGGUAUUAGCAGUACUUUUAAACUAUCAAGUAUUUUCGGCACCUCCACAUUACAUGAUUUGACACAACGGUGGGAAAGAAAAGAAAUUACUAAUUUCCAGUACCUCAUGUAUUUAAACGCCAUUGCUGGUAGAUCAUACAAUGACCUGACUCAGUAUCCUGUUUUCCCUUGGAUUUUGGCUGAUUAUCAUAGUGAGGAACUCGAUCUUGAAGAUCCCAAGACUUUCAGAGAUCUGACUCAACCGAUGGGUGCUCAAACUGCAGAAAGACGACGUGAGUUCUCGGAUCGUUACAAGCAAUGGGGAGAGACUGACGAUCCCACACCUGCUUUUCAUUAUGGUACACAUUACUCAUCGGCCAUGAUUGUAUGUUCAUUUUUAAUUCGUCUCGAGCCAUUUACACAACAUUAUCUCAAACUUCAAGGUGGUACUUUUGAUCACGCCGAUAGAUUGUUUGAUUCCAUCGGCAAAGCUUGGGAAUCUGCUUCUGAAAAAAACAUGGGUGAUGUCAGAGAACUGAUACCCGAGUUUUUUUAUUUACCUGAGUUUUUGACUAAUGUUAACAAGUUCAAUUUUGGCGUCAAGCAGGGCACUGGUGAAGCUAUUGAUUCUGUAGUAUUACCACCUUGGGCUCAUGGUGAUCCAAAAAUAUUUAUUCAGCGCCAUCGUGAGGCUCUUGAAAGCGAAUAUGUGAGUGUCAACUUACAUCAUUGGAUUGAUUUGAUAUUUGGUUGUAAGCAACAAGGACAGCCUGCCAUUGAUGCACUGAAUGUAUUCCAUCACGUCUCUUAUGAAGGCGCGGUUGAUUUGGACUCGAUUACAGAUAUUGUAGAGAAAACGGCGACGAUUGGUAUCAUUAACAAUUUUGGCCAAACACCUCGUCAACUUUUCAAAAAACCACACUCGUCAAGAUUACCUUCAGUCAUUGAUUCUAUGGCUCUAGGCUCGUAUAUUUUCCAGGACAAUCUUGAUAAAUUAAUGCAGUCUCUGAUGCCCCUCCGUGUCCUAUUGAUGCCUCCUGAUGGUCUCCGAUAUAUAGAGUGGGGUUUUACUGAUAAUAGUCUACGACUAUUUUCUACAGAUACGGGAAAGGUAAUAUUAAAGUUGUUAAAGAAAAGAUGA